GUCUCUCCGGCCACUGCUGGGCAGCAGGCGGAACGAAGGGGGCGGCGCGCGCAGGAGGAAGCGCGCCGGGCUGCGGCCCCGGGAACUACCCAGACGCCGAGUCGGGAACGCCGGUCUCCGCGUCACCAUUGCCAGGUGUGCGGGGUUGGGGCGCAGUCCCGGACUGUGGCCGCCGUGUGCGGGCCGGCUUUUCCUCCAGCUCGCCCCGCCUGGUCUCCCUGCUCCCGGCUCCCGGCUCCCGGCUCCGAGCCCCGCGCCCAGGGCCCCAGGCCCGCGCCGCCAGCAGCCCAGAUCCAGCGCUCUGCGCCCCUCCACGCCCCCCGCCGGCCGCUGGCUGAUGUCCUGAGCUCGCCACCGCGGGCUACGCGCCCCGCCAGGGGCUGCCCUGGGAAGUUGUGGGGCGAGGCGCGCCGGGUAUGCGCCAUCACCAUGUCCCGCCUGGACUCGUGGUUCGGUGAAGUCCAGUGGCUGGUCUUGGUGUCGCUUUUCGUUGUGGCCUUGGGCACGGUGGGCCUGUACUUGGCGCAGUGGGCGCUGGCCAGGGCGCGAUCGCGGUCCCCGCGGCGGCGGGCGGCAGAGCCUGGAGAGGACCAGCGCCCCGAGUCGGACGUGCUGCUCUCCUGGAUUCUGACGCUGAACAGCUGGAGGAGCCAGUGGCAGGCCGCCUGGGUGGCCGCCCUGAAUCAGGAGGCCGGACGGAAGGGGGGCCCGCUGUCCCUGUCCUUCGAGGAGGAUCCGCAGCAGCCACCCCUGGAUCUGGCGGUGCAGCAAGUGUGGAGCGCGGCCAGGUCCGCCCAGGAGAAGGUGGUGUCUUGUCAUGUGGUGGGCAAGACCAUCCGGUUCCUGGUCAGCGCGGGGCCGGCCGAGCCCGAGGACGUGGGGCGCCAGCAGUACGGCGUGCAGCUCACGCCCCUGCAUCUCCAGCUGGAGCUGCACAUGAAGGAGAAGAGGGAGGACAUUCAGAUCCGCUGGUCUCUCGUCCGCAUGCCGGAGAUGGCCAUCUCGGUCCAGCCCAGAGCACCGGGGGAGGACCAGGCGGCCAAGGUGAAUGUCAUCUGUGAAACUCUCAAGGACAUCCUGAAGUACCUGGUCAGUUCCGCCUGCCCGUCAGUGGUUCUGAGCACCAGACCUGUGGACACGAGGGAAGUUCAGAGUCUCCGGCGCACCCCGUCCGCCUCUCAGGAACCCUGCCCCCCAAAACCUCCAAGGGCUCACGAUCUCAAAUUACUGGUGAAGAACAUCCGAGCUUCGCUGCUAAACGAUCCUGGUGCUUCUUCAGGCAACCGCAACCUCCGCUGUGCCGCUCAGCUGAACGAGCCCGUUCAGAAGUUCUCCAGCACACUCCUGAAACACACUGCUGACCUCACUUGGGAAGGAGAAUUCACCUUCGAGUUGAACGCCAAGUCGAAGGAGUUGCACCUGCAGAUUUCCGAGGACGGGCCGGCCUCAGAAGCCCCGCUGGCGACGGCCACCGUCCCGUUAGAUUUGUUCAAGAAGCAGCCUUCCGGGCCACAGAGCUUUACACUGACCAGCGGGCCAUCGGCGGGCAGUUCAGUGCUGGGCUCGGUCACCGCAGAGUUCUGUUACGUGGAGCCCGCCGAGGCAAAGUCCUGGCAGACCCCUCCGCCCAUGCCCGCUGCCAAGAUAGAAAAGGACCGCACGGUGAUGCCUUGUGGGACUGUGGUCACGACCGUCACCGCCGUGAAAACCAAGCCUCGCUUCGACACGGGGAGGGCGUCCCCGCUGAGCUCCGAGUCUCCCCUGCGGACGCCCGUCAAGGUGAGGGUGAUCGAGAAGGACAUCUCCGUCCAAGCCGUCCCCUGCCACGGCGCUCCCGUCAGCAAGACGCUGUCGUCGUCCGACACAGAACUGCUGGUGUUGAACGGCUCCGACCCAGUGGCCGAGGUCGCCAUCCGGCAGCUGCGCGAGUCCUCGAAGCUGAAGCUGAACUCGCCGAGGAAGAAGAGCACCAUCAUCAUAUCAGGGAUCUCCAAGACCUCCCUGUCUCAGGACAGUGACGCUGCCCUCAUGCUGGACUAUGCGGCCUCCAUGGAUGGCACCCGCGAGGGGGACACCGAGUCCCAGUCGGAGAUGGCCUUGGCCACCGCCCCGCCCGAGGAGGAGGCCGAGGCCCCGGCCCCGCUGGCCCUGGAGUCCCCAGGUUGCGAGCUGUCCUCCUGGGACUCGGAGAAGGAGUCACAGGCUGAGGCGUGGGACGGCCAAGCCUCACUGGACCCCGACGGGGAUGGGCUGUCGGAGAGCUCCCUGAGUGCCUGGGAGCCUGGUGCGCCCAAAAAGCAUAAAGGAGGCAUUUUAAGGAAAAGCGCAAAGCUGUUCUUCCGCCGGCGGCAUCAGCAGAAGGACCCCAGCCUGAGCCAGUCCCACAACGACCUGGUGUUCCUGCAGCAGCCUGAGGGGCCCCGCAGGAAGGGGGUCACGCUCACCAGGAUCCUCAACAAGAAGCUGCUGUCCAAGCACCGGAGCAAGAUCACCAUGAACGGCGCCCCCGGGGACCCUGGGGUGUAGGCUGAGGGUGGGGCGGCCUCCCUCGCAGCGAUGCUGGAGACAUGGACCCACUAACAGCCCACCUGUACGGAGCAGGGAGUGCCUGUGAGCCGUCAGGCACCCCUCUUUUCUAGCUGGGCUUUCCCGACAGUGCCAUCUUUUAAAGGGGAAGAAAAAUCGGAGUCUCCCCACAGAGAAAAUGGACUAAACCUGUUUACCGCCAGACGUCACAGUGGACCGGAGGCCUCGGCCACGUGGGCUGUGCUCAAAUCUAAUCAGAGCCGAAGUUCAAUCUAAGAAGGAGAGUUGCCCGUGAACCAGGGAGCACACCACACUGGGCGUGGAUGGGGCAGGUGUGGGGCCUCGGUCUCUCCCACUCUGUGCUCUGACGGGUAUUGUUUUGGGUCUACGCCUGGACCGGGCACCCCCAGGAGGAGACGACCCUCCGUGCUGUCACUGUGAAUGGGAUGCAUGGGUCACCUCUCCUGCGUGGCUGCCCCGGAUGCGCGGUGCGGCUGGCCCUGAGCGCAGAGGCGGGACACAGGCAGACUUCCGUGAACGGGGAUGCCGCUGGGAAUGGAGACACGACCACAAAAUGCGGGAAGACAUUCACCUUUGCUGUUAGCCAUAGAACUCGGGAAAGGAUGCGAAUACUAAACAUAUCCUAUGCAUAUGAUGCCGACCACUUUUUUAAGUUUACUCGGAGCCUGUGUGCCAGUGGGAGCUGCACAUACAAAUCCUUCACAUGGUUUUUGCAUGUUCGCUGUGGUGUCCAAACCUCCCACAGCGCCCGUGGGGCAGUCAGCGGGAGGCCUUGUCCCCGCCUUGGGGGGCUCUUGCGAGACAGGAGCAUAGCAAGCCCCUCCAGGGCACUGAGGGGCCGUCAGUGACCGCCGAGAGGACGUGGCACCCACACGUGCGUACCUGGAUUUUUCUUUAGCCAGAGGCCGGUUUGCCAAAUAUUGCCAGUAGCUGAAACAAAGUACUUUCAGGGCCAAAAAAAGGAAACUCUUUUAUGUCUCAGGAACGGAAGGUUAAUAAAAAGUGGCCCGAGCGGGCAUCCGAGUCCUUUCAGGAGCCUGUCUGAAUUCCACUUUGACGGACUUCAGGGCGUCUGGAUUCCCGGUGGAAAAUACAAUAAGCUUGACGUACGACUUGCCUGUUCCGACACGUCUUUCCGAGCACUUUGCACCGAGCUGUGCACGGCUGAGGUUCAUUCCCAAGCAUCUCACGGGCCCCUCCUGCGGGAGUUGCUCUUCGGAGACUCGCUUGUGGAGCGGCGCCUGUCCUUCGCGUGAACGGUUCUGAUGGCGUAAUAAGAUCCAUUUUCCUCCAACGAGGUUUCGAAGGCUCUUGUGGAAACUUGACUUUGGUCAGGGACGCGACAUGGGGGCCUCUCCUUCCUUCAGGAGCUUUGGUUAAUCCUUCAGCAUCUAUUUCAGGGGUAGUGGAGCCAUGGACGAGCAAACACUUUUAUAAAAACCAAAAUUAUAGACUUUGUUCCCUUUUUUUUUUUUACUUGGAGGGAGAAGUUAGAAGACAACUUUAAGAAUUUUAUCUUAAAAGGCACAUUUAAAAAUCCUUAGUGUCCCAGGAAUUACCAAGCAAGGGUAAAAUGACUUUUUUGCUACUCUUUGUUUGUAUAGAUUUUAUUCCGAUUUUAAUCGUUGUAAACGUAGCACCUGGCAUUACGAAAUACAUUGAUACCAAUUGAGUCCCCCCAGGGCAGUGGUCACUACAGGUCUUUUUGGGACGAUGGCCCCUUUAAUGUUUUGUUCUGCUUGAAGGAUUUCUGUUCUUUCUCGCGGCGGGCAGAUGCGUAACCUGCAAGGAUUCAUUCGAAGAGGACAUUGUGUGUCCGCAAACAAGACACUGGUCAGAAGUUUUUACUACAGUUUUGUGUUUGUUUAAUCUUGAAAUU